AUGGAGACACCACAGUUAACCGAGACCAUCCUGAUUCGUGUGAAGGAGGGAGUUGCGAUUAAAAAUGAUACGCCAGAAAUGAAAGCAUUUCAGAAGUUAACGGAUAUUGUUAAAUCACAAGAUGGGUUUCUGAGACAAUACUGGGGACAUCAAGUUGAGGAUGAUAACAUAUUCGUUUGGUCAAUUGAUUGGAAAUGGAAAAGCGAUCAUGACAGACUGCUCGAGUCUGUAGAUUUGAAGUCCACCAUUACAGCUGGACUGGCAGAAUUAUCUGACGUCAAAAAGCACCCACCAUUCAUAACGUACACCGAAUUCAAAUCCGACCCUACGGCUGCUUACACCGCACCAGUAACCGAAGUAGCAUUUGUGAACAUGCCCGCAGGCUACGGUGAAGCAGAGAAAUACAGCAUGGACAACGACAUGUCCCACGUCGGCGACGAAGUCAAAACCGUAGGAAAAUCCUGGGGCUCAGCAACUGGCUGGAUUGUUGAAACACUUCCAAAAGACACAGAACCAACUGGUGAAAUGGUUGCUCUGCUCGGGGUUUUUGGUUAUGCAAGUAUUGAUGAUCAUAUGAGAUGGAGAGAGACGCCGGAACAUGCGAGGAUUAUGGUGCAGAUGGGGGUGUUGGCUGAGAAGACGGGGAUGAGCGGGACGAAGGCGAAGAUUCUGGGGGGGAGGUCGAUGUUUCAUGUACAUUUUGAGGGUGGGAAAUAA